UGAGAUUGGUACUUGUUCUGUUCUCUCAAAGAAUAUCGCCGCCACAUUUCUUGAAGCCGACGAAUUCAAUCUGUUGGUCGCUGCCUCUCUGUCUGUCUCCGUGGAACUCUCACCCAAACCGCCGCGGGAAAGCUCAUCGGAGAGAACGAUUCCAAUCUUCUCUUCGCCAUCUGCAAUGGAUCUAAAGGAAAAGCUCGAUAAGUUCCAGAAACAGCAACAAAGAUGCCAAUCUACAUUGUCGAGCAUAGCCGCGAGAGCAUCAUCUGCGAGGCCCUCUGUGUCAACAGCGGUCAACGGGAAGCCCGCAACUCCGAUCAAGUUUUCGGACCAAACCGAACUGUACAAGCAAAUCAACAGCAUCAGAAAAGCUCCUGUUGGGGCUCAGAUGAAGCGUGUCAUCGAGUUUUUGCUUGAGACAAGGCAAGCCCUUACGCCCGAGGAAAUAAAGGAAGCAUGUUAUGUCGAUAUGAUCUCAAACAAGAUUGUUUUCGAUAAUAUGAAGAAUAACCCGAAAGUACAUUAUGAUGGAAGGCGAUUCUCUUACAAGGCCAAGCAUGAUGUGAAAGACAAGAUUCAGCUUCUGUCAUUGAUACGGAAAUAUCCUGAGGGAAUCGCAGUGGUCGAACUUAAAGAUACUUACCGGAAUGUAAUGGGGGACUUGCAGGCUCUGAAAGCUUCGGGACACAUCUGGCUCCUCUCGAAUGCGGAUUCACGAGAAGAUAUAGCAUACCCGAAUGAUUUCAAGGGCCAGAUCCGGGUGGACGACGAUCUUAAGCACUUGUUCCGUAUCAUAGAACUGCCUACCGACAUGCUCGACGUGGAGAAAGAGCUGCAGAAGAGCGGGAUGAAACCCGUUAUGAACACUGCCCGGAGGAGGGCGGCUGCCCAGAUUCGGGGAAUUUCUUCUAGACCGAAGCAGAGGAAGAAGAGGCAAGGGAUAAGCAAGAGAACUAAACUCACCAAUGUCCAUCUCCCCGAGCUCUUUCAGAGCCUCAAUGGCGGCCGUUCCCGCCAUUGAUGUCUUUUUUCUGGAUAUUCUUUUUUGACAGUAGGAAUUAGGAAACACACGAAAAAAAAGGCUCUUUUUGGAUUCGAGUUUCUGUGUUGAUAACGAUGCACCAGAGAUGCUGGAUUGUGUUCAAAUUGUCAUAAUUAGCUAAUCAUAGGAUGAUUAAUAUUCCUAUAUUGAAUAGUAUAUGUAAAUAAUAUAUAGUUCACUUUGAUAUCUUA